GCACUGCUGGCCAGCACAUCCCCAGGGUAAACAACCUCGGGGCUCUGCUCCUGCAGGCCCUGCCCACAUCAUAAAACAGAAAGCGCUUCCUCUUCAGGGGCGGGUGGAGAAGUGGGGUGACUUAGGGGCUGAGCCUCAGCAUCUGGGAGAGUUCAUAAGCUGUGGCGCAGACCCCUCAGCUCCACGAACCCUCUUCUUCAUCCCCCUGCUCUCUGGCCUCCAGCUCUCCCAGCAGCAUGGCCUUUAAUGGCAAGUACGAGAUCGAGAGUGAGAAGAAUUAUGAUGAGUUCAUGAAGCGUCUUGGGCUCCCCAGGGACGCUAUUGAAAAGGGCAGAAACUUCAAGAUCGUCACAGAGGUGCAGCAGGAGGGGCAGCACUUCACCUGGUCCCAGCACUACCCGGGGGGCCACUCCAUGACCAACAGGUUCACCAUCGGCAAGGAGUGCGACAUGGAGACCAUGGGGGGCAAGAAGUUCAAGGCCACCGUGCAGAUGGAGGAUGGGAAGGUGGUGGUGGAUUUCCCCAACUACCACCAGACCUCGGAGAUCUUGGGUGACAAGCUGGUGGAGAUCUCCACCAUCGGAGGCGUGACCUACGAGCGUGUGAGCAAGAGGCUGGCCUGAGCAACCAGGCAGGGUUCCGACGGGCUACAAAGCCACUAAUAAAGCUGGUAUAGGAACAGACAUUCUGUUGCUCCAGA